GGCAGCCUGACAGCCCAGCGGUGCGCAUUUCAGUCCGAAAUGUCGGUUUGGUGGCUGUGGGAGCAGCUGGACGCCUGGAGCGCCCUCAUCUUCAUCGUGGUGCUGUUGUUUGUCUCCGAUUACCUGAAGCACAGGGAUGGCAAAAACUUUCCACCGGGUCCUUUCUGGGUGCCGUUUGUGGGCGACUUGUUCAAAAUGGCUUCAGAUCACCCGCAUCUCUACAUGGCAAAGCUUACAGAAAAGUACGGAAAUGUCUACAGCCUGCGAUCUGGAGGAAGUAAAAUCGUGAUUGUCAACGGGUACAAAAUAGCUAAGGAGGCUCUGCUGACACAAGGGUAUGCCUUGACUGGCUGGCCACAAGCUGCUGCUUAUGACAGGAUCUACAAAAUACCCGGCCUGACAUUAAGUAACGGGUACCCCUGGAAAGAGCACAGGAGGUUCACUUUGACCGCACUCAGAAACUUUGGAGUUGGAAAGAAGAGCUUAGAGUCCAUCAUCAUGGAGGAGGCCAAGUUCUUUGUAGAAGCCUUUGAGCAAGAGAGAGGCCAGCCAUUUAAUCCUCAUAAUACGAUUAACAACGCCAUCUCCAACAUCAUCUGCUUGAUAGUCCUUGGUCAUCGAUUUGAGUACAGCAACAGCCACUACCGAGAGAUACAGCACCUGAUCAACAGAGGCGUUGUUUUGGAAGGAAGUUGGUGGGCUUGGGUUUACAAUGCAUUUCCCAGGAUGAUGAGGUACUUACCAGGGCAUCACAACGAGCUUUUCUCAAGCUAUGGAAAAGUUCAGGAUUUUUUGAGAGAAGAAAUCAGAAAGCAUAAGAAGGACUUGGACCCGACUUCCCCUCGCGAUUACAUUGACGCGUACCUCGUGGAAAUUGAGAAGGUCAUUCCAGUCUCUAGCAGCAGCGUUCUGAAAAGACGACAGGCCAAGUACAGAACAGCCGGAGACCCAGAGAGCCAGCAGCCGGAAAGCUGGAAAGCUAGCAGCCGGAAAGCUGGAAAGCUAGCAGCCGGAAAACCAGAAAGCCCGCAGCCAAAAAGCCAGAGAGCUAACAGCCGGAAAGCUGGAAAGCUUGCAGCCAGAAAGCCAGAGAGCCAGCAGCCGGAAAGCCAGAGAGCUAGCAGCCAGAGAGCCAGAGAGCUAGCAGCCGGAAAGCCAGAGAGCCAGCAGCCGGAAAGCUGGAAAGCCUGCAGCCGAAGAGCCAAAGCAAGCCCGCAGCUGAAGAGCCAGAGGCCGCAGGACCGCGGCAAUACAGGUCUGUUGCCGAGGAAUCUGCAAAUUUGCCGUGCCACAGAAACCGCAAUCAGAGUCCACCACAGCCAGAGAGCUAGCAACCGGAGAGCCAGAGAGCCAGCAGCCGGAGAGCCAGAGAGCCAGCAGCCGGAGAGCCAGCAGCCGGAAAGCUGGAAAGCCUGCAGCCGGAGAGCCAAAGCAAGCCCGCAGCCGGAGAGCCAGAGGCCGCAGGACCGCAACGAUACAGGGCAUCCUAUCCGGGAAAAUUGCAUCGCAAAGGAAGAGAAGGUCCAAGCUGAGAUUGACAGUGUAUUGGGCCAAACUCAUCUGCCAUCGAUGGAAGACAAAGUCAAGAUGCCGUACACCGAGGCAGUCAUUCAUGAGAUCCAGAGGAUGGGCGACAUUGUCCCUCUGAACCUUUUUAAAAUGGCAGUGGAGGACAUGACAAUUGGGGGAUACGCAAUUCCAAAGGAUACGGCCGUGAUCAUUAAUCUGAACUCGAUUCUCAAAGACAAGAGCGAGUGGGAGACCCCCAACACUUUUAAUCCUGGCCACUUUCUCACCUCUGAUAGGAAGUUCCAGCAAAGGGAGGCCUUUAUGCCUUUUUCUGCUGGAAAGCGAUCCUGUCUGGGAGAACCACUGGCAAGAAUUGAGCUCUUUCUCUUUUUUACAAGUCUCCUGCAAAGGUUCACCUUUUGUGCCCCUGAAGGGACAAACCUGACACAGGAUUCUAUAAGAGGCUUAACACGUGCGCCUGUGCCACACAAAAUCUGUGCCAUCCCUCGUCAUCCAGCUGCUUGA